GUUUCCCCGAGCCAAACCCGCCUAAUUCUGUACACACACUUCUCUAUUUUCUCUCAAGAUAAGACGGGGAAAAAUGCAAAGCUCAAGUGCCCCAAACUUCCAUCUUCCCCAGAAUUGGUGACAAUGCCAGUAACUCCCGCCUUCAGCACCGUCUCCUCGCCGUGCCUCAGGGUCCCCAUCCGCCUCCCGAGGACAUUCCAUGGCUGCCACCAACUGCCCCGAGCCCUGACCGUUAGGUGCAGCAGCGGCUCGGAGAGCGGAACCCGAAGUGGGAACCUCAAGGACGCGCUGUCGGGCAUGGUGGACGCGCAAGUGGAGGAGCUCCUCAGCAGAGAAGAGAACCGGACUCUGCUGGACGGGUUGGACAGGGCUUCCCAGCGGGUGGAGAAGGCCAAGAGGGAGCUCGCGGAGAUCGAGCGGCAAGAAGCCGAAGCGAGCCAGCUGAGGAGUUAUGUCGAACAGCUUGAGAGCAGAGCCUCUGAGAUUGCAGAAUCCCAGAAGGAAAUACUAGAAGCCAGGGCAAUGGUCGAGGAAGCAGAACGAUUUCUGUCAAACAUGAAAAAAAGCCAAGAUAGUGCCAGCGACGACGGGGAGAUUGACAAGGACAAAGAGAGAUUGGAGUCUGUAAAAGCUGCUUCUGUUUCUGCCAUUAUAGGCACCUUAGCUGGGUUGCCCAUAUCCCUUACUCAAGUCAGCUCCACCUCUCAGCUGAUACUUCAUUUGGCGAUUGCAUUUGUUAGCUGUGCUCUGUUCGGAGUUACCUUUCGCUACACAGUUAGGCGAGACUUGGAUAACUUUCAGCUAAAAACGGGAACAGCUGCAGCUUUUGCCUUCGUUAAAGGGCUCAGUGCUUUAGGCGGGGGAUCCCCUUUGGAGCUCAACCCUGGGAGCUUCAUGUCACAUGCAUUUGAUGGUGCACUGAAUGUUUCUGAGAGUCUUCUGGUCUUUGCUUUCGCAGCUAUCGGUCUUGAUUUCUGUUUUAAGACAGGACUAAUAAGCACCUUCCCCAUAAGAAAAACCGAUUCAAAUUGAAGAAUAUAUGGGAUGUGUGAUACAACUCUGUGAAUUAUAUGAUGUCACCUGAUCUUCCACGGGCAUUUAAUCACGUCGAUGCCAAAGCUUGGAGUAUGGACAGGCUGGCUAUUUUGGACAGCAUGUCUUAUAUGAAAGGGUAAAUCCCAAAAUCUGCUGUAAAUCCGAGCUAAAACUUCCUGUAUAGUCUCUGUACUCAUAGAUGGCAUUGUUGGUUAUGGAAACAGAAAUAGUUUGCAUAAGGAUUCACUGGGAAACACGUCGAGUGUAUGGGACGGCUAGAAGAGUUGUAUGUAUGAAGCUGAAAAUUGUGAAGCUUUCUGCGUGUUCCAUAUGUUUGGCAAGAUCAAUUAUAUUAUCGAAUGAUAGUUUGUUCCA